GGACAGUUGAUGGCGGAAAAAGGUUUGGGGCCUGGUCCUCUGCCUCUCAGCAACCUCGCAGGCAGUAAUCCUAGUUCUCGCCAAAUACUUUGCCUCAUGGAGGCCGCACUAAACUGACCUUAAGAGGGACCCGUAUCUGUAGAAUCCCGCCUCCCUCAGGCGGAUUGGGCCCACGCUGUGACCGGCUGCCGAGCACUGCGAAUGCUGGAGAAAGAAAACAUGGCGGCAGGGCCCAGCCGGAUGGAAAUUCAGACUUUCAAGCGUCUGCGAGCUGCGCCAGCCAAUAAGUCCUGUUUCGACUGUGGAGCAAAGAACCCGAGCUGGGCCAGCAUCACCUACGGGGUGUUUCUCUGUAUCGACUGUUCCGUCCAUCGCUCGCUGGGCGUUCAUGUCAGCUUCAUCCGGUCUACAGAGCUUGACUCCAACUGGAGCUGGUUUCAGUUGAGGUGUAUGCAAGUGGGUACCAAUGCUAAUGCGGUAAGGACCAACAGCUUUUUCUGCCAACAUGGCUGUACCACCUCAGAUGCCCCUGCCAAGUAUAAUAGCCGUGCUGCUCACAUGUACCGAGAGAAGAUCCAGCAGCUGGCAAGUGCUGCCAUGGCCAAAUAUGGAAAUGAUCUCCUGAUUGAUGGCCUGAGUGGGAUUUCUGGCCACUCACUGGAAAGGGAUGAUGCUGAUUUCUUUUUGGAACAUACGCAGGCUUGUAAUAACUGGGAUGUGGCUAAGAUGGAGCAGAGCACAAUAGAGUCCACAUCAGAAUUGGAGAAACCAGCAAGGCCAUCUGAAAAUAAUGAGAUACAGGCUGACCAAGGUCCGUCUAUUGAGUUAUUGAGCACCUCUCCCAAAGGCUCCCUUGAAAUAAAGCCUUCUCUUAUUGGAAAGAAGAAGGCAGGUGGAGCAAAAAAAGGGCUGGGUGCCAAAAAAGGUCUUGGAGCUCAAAAAGUGAGCAGUCAGAGUUUUACAGAAGUUGAACGGCAAGCCCAGAUGGCAGAAAAGCUGAAAGAGCAACAAGCAGCUGAGUACAGGAAGCAAGCGGAGGAAUCUAUAGUGACCUCAAUGAGAUUGGCCUAUCAAGAGCUCAAAAUUGAUCGGAAGAAGGAGGAGAAGAAACUUCAAAACUUAGAAGGGAAGAAGCGUGAGCAGGCUGAAAGACUAGGCAUGGGCUUGGUGUCCAGAAGUUCCAUUUCGCAUUCUGUCCUGUCUGAGAUGCAAGUAAUAGAACAAGAAACACCAGCGAGUGUAAAGUCCUCUCGGUCUCAGCUGGGCCUCUUUGAAGAUACAGGAAGCUUCACAUCUGGACCACCCAAGUACAAAGAUAAUCCAUUCUCACUAGGAGAUGGUUUUGGUUCACAAUGGGAAACAGAAAUGCCCUCCUGGGGACUUGACAAAAGAGAAGAGGAGGCAGACAUCACAGUGUCAAGCAUCCGGCCCAUUGGUGACAGACCAACCAACAGAAGAGAAACGGAGAGCAAAGUAUCAGUAGUAGAGUCUAACGAAGCUCAGCAGAAGUUUGCAGGUGCCAAAGCCAUCUCAUCUGACAUGUUCUUUGGGCGAGAAGUUGAUGCUGAGUAUGAGGCCAGAUCCCGACUCCAGCAGCUCUCAGGAAGCAAUGCCAUUAGUUCUGUUGAUCUUUUCGGAGAAUCUGAAACAGCAAAUUUGGGUGGUGUAUCCAUUGGAAAUGUACUACCUGCAGCUGACAUUGCUCAGUUCAAGCAGGGAGUAAAGUCGGUUGCUGGCAAGAUGGCUGUCCUGGCCAACGGUGUAAUGAAUUCGCUGCAGGACCGCUAUGGUUCAUAUUGAUGAUCUAGAAGACUGUACCUGUUGGCCUUUGGUGUAACACCACUUGAACUUGGAAACACCACAUGGGAACUCUACAGGAUAAUUUCUAAGCUGGGCAGAGCUGAGGGAUGCUUGAGAAUACAGAAAACGGACAUGCUUGUCCUAUGCCUGAAGGUUUUCUGGACAGUUGUUUUGUAUUAGAAAACAAAUAUUUUGUCAAAACCCAGCCUUCAGUGAUUGAAGUAUGGGCCUUUCCAGAGAACAUCCCUCUGCUGCUAUGAAUUGAGAUAGGGUGCAGAUGUCAUUGUGGUGCUGCUCUUAUAUUUCUCUUUGUCUCCCUGACUGAUAUUGGUGGUAUUGUGGAAGCAGGAAAGUAGUGUGUAAUAUUUUUCAUGCUUCUGCAUGAAUUCAGAAGCAAAUUAUAGUACUUGUUGCAUUGGUGGGGACUCUAGAACCUAUGCUCCAAAAUAGAGUGAAAUUCCUUCCUCUGUCCAUGGUAAUCUUACUGCCUUAAGGAACCAGUGUGAGGAACCAUUUUAGAAUAGUGGCUUAGAAGCACAAAUGUACAGCAUGCAGUGAAAGGUCAGCACUCUUGGCCUUAGUUAAGAUUCUUUUAUUUUGCAAAUAUGACUGAUGAUAAAUUUGUGCAGGAGAUAGGAGAUCUUCAGUGAUAAGAAGGGUUAUCUAACUUUCCUAUAAUCAGUUGGUUGUCCAUUGGGUGCUGUCAUUUAUUUCAUAUGUUAAAAGAAAUAGGAGCUGAAGUGAGUGUUGACUAUAUUCACUCCAUUCACUGUGUCCCUUUUUUGUUGCACAACCUUGCUACUACUGCCUUCCUUCAGAAUCACAACAGAUAAUGAAUAUGGACACCAUAGGUUUCUUGCAAACUAUAUUGAAACAAAAUCAGUUUCAAGAAGGCUUCUUCCACCUACCUAGGCACCACUGUUGUCCCUAUGCUUUCUGGGAUUGUUCUCAUAAAUUGCUAUAGCUUUAUUGAUCAAAGAGGAACUGGAAUAGAUAAAUGCUCCAUCCCAGUCUACAUUGCUAAUCUCGAGUCUGAGACAAUAAAAGGUAUUUUGCUCCAAAGCACCCAUUACAUCUGCAUGCUAAAUCCCAUGUAUCAGUGAUAUUUUUCCACCAGAGUAUUCUCAUUGCAACAGAGUGGGAGAAUCAUUUCUUUGUGAAAUGGUGCUUACUGUUGUAACCAUUUUGCAUUCAAAUUGCAUGAUUGUUGCUGCUGCACUGUGGGUUUAUCUGGAAACUGCCACCAAAUACAGUGUCUCUCCUAAGAAGAAAAGCCAGUUGUUUAAUAGGAAGAGGAAUCGCCAAGAACACACUGAAAUGAUGUCUCAGUGAGGUAUACUUGCUAGAGGCAGCUGAGGUUACCAAUGCCCUUUGAGGUUACCCACUUUCACAUUAGUGUAACUCAUUAGUGCAAUUAAUCUGCUUACUCCUUGUGCACUUCCUAUGAAAAUAAAUGCCUGCAUGGACUGACCAGAAAUUU